AUGAGUGACGGCAUGCAAGGAAAAUUAUUUGUUACUGUUUUACAGGCACAAAACUUGGUUAUUAAACAAGAAAAGUCAGCGGCACAAGAGUUUGUAGGUGCUUUGUCAUCACCUUUGUUUCAGGGUAUUCAAGCGAUUCAGAACUUCUCUACAAACAAUGUGAAAAAGUUGGCACCGAUCUUCACUGUACCAGGUUCGUUGGUGGUACAGGGAUUCAAUACGAUUGGUGAUGCGAUUCGUGGUGGUGCGUCUUCAGAGUCGGUACCGGUGGUCAGCAGUAGCGCCGCACCUACACAACCGUCGGUAGGUAUCACUGCGUCCGUCUUCUUUGAGAACAACACCGAAGAGGUCUUUAGAACACAGCUCUCUGAGAACCUGACGGAACCAAAGUGGAAUGAAUCACAUACGUUCAACGUUGUCGAUCCAUGCUCGACCGUUCGUUUCCGUAUCGUCUUGAAGUCACUCUCUGAGAAGUCUGAUUUUCUCAUUGGAACGGCACAGAUGUCGUUGAUCGAUGAAGUGCAUCUCUGGGGACAGAAACCCGUUGCCAAAUGGAUCAAUAUCACCAAGACGGUUGCUGCCGCCAACUCUGACGACAACAACAACUCGUCGGAAUUCGCCUACACCGAAGAUGAAAUCGUAGGAAGAAUCGAGUUACAGCUGCAAUACAAAUAUAGAAACGUUUGGGACUGUGUUUAUCACGGAAAGAUGCUGUUGUUGGAGAAGAAAUACGACGAGGCGUUGGAAGCGUUGAACGAAGCGAUCACAAACAACCCGACCAACCCGAAACUCUAUGUGAUGAUGGUCGAUUGCUAUCUAGCACAGAAACAGUAUGGCAAAGCGAUAGAGAGUGCCGGUAAGAUUAUACAACACGAUCGUGGUUACAUCGGUCACCUGAAAGCUGCACGUGUCUUGAUGGCUGCCAAUCAACUGGAGAAAGCGCAAACGUUCAUCGACAAAGCGAAAGCAGUCUCCGAUAAAUCAGAGGAGAUCUACAAUAUACAAAUGGAAUUAUUACAUCUUUCCGAAGUUGAUAAGAUUAACAAGUUAAUUGAUCAAGGUUCAAAUGAUUUCUUAAGAGGUGAAUUUAUAACAGCAAGUGAACAUUUUACAAAAGCAAUUGAAAUUAAUCCACAUAGUACUAUCUUGUAUGAAAUGAGAGCGAUUUGCUUUGUUUGUGCAAAGAAUAACGCUGCUGCUAUAUUGGAUACCAAUAAGAUAUUGGAAAUCGAUCACAAUUGGCCAAAAGUAAACAAUACAUUUGGUGGUUACAUGAUGAAAGAUGGUCAAAUCAAUGUUAUGUCAAAGAAACGUUGGUUUGGUUUGAAAUCUAUAUUUCUUUUCUAUUAUAAAGAUAUAAAUGAAUUAAUACCACAAGGUGUAAUUUGUUUAAAUGAAUUUGGAUGUGCACCAAAACCAAAUCAAAAGGUAAAGUUUCAACUACGUACAAAAGAUCGUGAAUACUACUUAAAGGUGGAGAAUCCAGAGGAGUUUGACAAGUGGAUCGUUACUUUGACAAAGAUAUCAAAGACGAAACCAAAGUUACCACCUAUCAAAGAGAUUCAGGAUGCUAUCAUUUGGAGAAAUAUCUAUCAGAGUAAGACCGAUCAAAAGACAUCGUUUAUGUUGCCAGAGGUGAUGAUGCUGCCAGAGACACUGUUUGUAGAGUCUGGAAGGUUGGCAUUCUCCAUCGGUGACAAGAUCAAAGCGAAAUUGUCAUCGAUUCCACAGUCAGAGUGUACGGCAACCGGUUGGCUCUACAAGAUGGGACAGGUCAACAAGGAGUGGCAACGUCGUUACUUUUUGCUGCACAACAACAUUCUCUAUUAUUGCAAGCUGAACAACGGCGAUGAGAAACAACCAUCGAUUACGCCAACCGGUACUCUCCCACUGGACGGCGCCAAACUCGAUGUCAACCCGUCGUCGAUCACCAAGGCGAACGCUUUCAUGAUUAUGACUGCACUACGUAGAAACUUUGCUGUCGCCGCCGAUUCCGAUACCGACAAGGAACGUUGGCUCAAGGCGAUAGUAGUGGCGAGUGGCGCGCAACUCCCAGUCGAAGAGGAGAAGAAACCCGAGGAAAUGCCAACUUCAGAAUCACUGUUUUCCAAUCGUUCCAGACGUGUCAAGUCAUUACGUUCCGUUCCAAUGGAUCCAGAUUCUCAACAAACUCAACAACAACAACAACAAUUUAUUAAUAAUAACAAUAACAAUAGUAAUAGUAAUAAUGAUAAUCAACAAUCGAAUCAUGGUAAUCAACAACAAUCACCAAAAGUUACUCGUAGAAUCGGAUCGAAUGAGAUGUCUAGUUCUGAAUCGAGAUACUUUGCCAAGUUUGGAUUGUCAGAGAAUACUAUUGUGAUGCCAAGUGCACCAAUUAUUAGUAGUAAGAGUAAUUUGAACUCGUCGGCCAAUAGUAUGCCGUUGAUUCAACCGACACACACUGUAUCAUCACCUGCCAACCCAUCACCAACAUCAUCAACACCAUCAUCACCACACAGUUCACAACGAUCACUCAAAUCAGUGUAUCCAACUGAAAUGCCAAAUCCAACCGAAUACGACGAUGAAAACGAAGAGAGCAAUGUUGGUCUCGUCAGUGGUAAAAAGAAAUCCGUAAACGAGGAAACUGGUGAAGAUGAAGAAAAAAGAUGUUGUAAAUGUACCAUACAAUAA